AUACGAUUUUGCCUGCCAGCCUUGAUUGAGCCUUGUUUUGUGUUGUGUACCUAUGUGUACUUAUUGUACGGCAUUGAGAAAAUAUUAGAUUAUUUUCCUAAUAUUUCUAACAUAUUGUAAUGGUCGUUAUUAAAUUUCAGUCAGUAAAGUCCUACUCCAACGGCGAAUAAAGUAUCCUAAAAUCGUUAUGUGGGUUAAGCCUCAGGAGAUUUUUUUGAAAACUGCGUUGUGGGAUUGCGAUGAAACAACCCUGUAUUUCGUCUUGCAAAGGAGGAAGGGGCAUGGAAAAUCCAAAGGGUUGUCUUCAUUAUUGGUUGGCACUCUUGACAGUGUGCGAGACACUAAGCCGCCUCCAUUUCGAAUAUUGCAUCAAACACCUACUUCCGAGAUAUAUUAUGUAAUAGCCACAGCUCUCACAGAACAUGAAAUCCGUCAAGACUGGCAGUGGCUAUUUGACAAUGUGUGUCCGACUCUGCAUUCCUUUGACAAAGAGGAAGACAUCACAGAUUUUGUCUGUUGCAAGAUAAACUCGAUUAUAGCCACUGAGCAGGAGAACAUCACAGAAGAUGAAGAUACUCUGACAUACAAAAAUGUGGAUAAUGAGUUUCACCAAAGAUUCGGAAUGCCCAAAGAAGAGAAGUUGGUGUGUUACUAUUCCUGUAGUUACUGGAAAGGCAAAAUGCUCAGACAAGGGUGGCUGUACUUGUCAGUACACUAUAUGUGUUUUUAUUCAUAUUUAUUUGGACGACAAACUUCGAUUAAAAUCCGAUGGGCCGACGUGAAAGAAUUGGAGAAGACCAACAGCCUACUGUUCCCGGAUUCCAUCAAAGUCGUGACGAGGGAUAGUGAGCACUACUUCACGUUGUUAUUGAAGAAGAAUGAGACCUUUGCUCUGAUGCAGCAGUUGGCUAACAUUGCCAUGAAACAGUUGAUUGACGACAAGCCAGGCACAUACAACAUUGACAAAGACUUGCUCACAAAGUUGAGUAGAAACGUGCCGAAGAAGCCUUCUUUCCUGAAGAGGGACCUGGACGCGAAGAAGCAAUCGAACCUGUAUACCCUGAGGUUUAGAUUGCCACAAAAUGAGAAAUUGGAUGGGACCGAGGAGUGUACCCUAUGGACCCCCUACAAUAAGAGACAUAACUGGGGCCGUCUCUACUUGUCACAGAACUUUAUUUGUUUUGAUAGUAGGGUGCGCAACCUAGUCCGCCUGACGAUACCGCUACGUAACGUGCACCAAGUGGAACGCGCGGACUCUGGCGGCGCCGGCAGCUCCAGUGACUCUGGCAGCAUCCUCAUCACCACCUCGCUGUACACCAGCUUCCUGUUCGGCAACAUAUCCGACCGGGAGUUCCUGGUGCACAAGAUAUCGGAACUGCUUGCGAAACUACCCAAUACUGUGUACAGGGAGAAGCCGACGGUGGCGGUGGCCAGGGAGGAGGAGGGCAAGGAGUGGACUCCGCAGCCACCCUUGAUGACGUUGUUCAAGACUAAUCAGACUUCGCCUAUUAAGCAGAUUCAGCAGAAAAAGGAAAUACAAUGGGAAAAUCAUAUGUCAGAGGUGGGUCGCGGCGUCAGUAUGUACCAAACCGUAGCCGGGAGCGAGCUAGUAGUCAAGGGCAUUCCUGAGUCCCUACGUGGGGAACUGUGGGGCGUGUUCUCUGGAUCUAUUCUCCAGAAGGUCCAGAAUAAGGGCCUGUACGAGAAGCUGGUGAACGAAGCCCUGGCCUCGAAGAGUCCUGUCAAUGAUGAGAUUGAGAGGGACUUGCACAGGUCCUUGCCUGAACACCCAGCUUUUCAGAGUGAUGUUGGAAUAUCCGCCCUGCGCCGAGUGUUAUGCGCGUACGCACUGAAGAACCCCACGAUAGGCUAUUGCCAAGCGAUGAACAUUGUAGCGUCAGUGCUCCUCAUCUACUGCCAUGAGGAGCAGGCCUUCUGGCUUCUGGCCACUAUAUGCGAAACCCUGCUGCCUGAUUACUAUAACACUAGAGUUGUCGGCGCUUUGAUAGACCAAGGCGUCUUAGAAGAGUUGACAGAGGCGCAUCUUCCGGAACUACACGCGAAGUUAGACGAGCUUGGUGUCAUGAAGAUGAUCUCUUUGUCUUGGUUCCUGACUUUGUUCAUCAGCGUGAUGCCUUACGAAUGCGCCGUCAAUGUAAUGGACUGCUUCUUUUAUGACGGCGCUAAAGUUAUCUUUCAGGUGACCUUGACAAUCCUGGAGAGGAAUCACGAGAAGCUACUGCAGUGUACAGAAGAUGGUCAGCCGAUGCAGAUCUUGGGGGACUAUUUGGCGGGAAUCUACAAUGACGAGGCUAUGGCGCUUUCCACUGAGCCACGCACUGCUAAAAGAACAAUAAAAAUUCAAGAGCUAGUGUACGAAGCGUACCGCACUUACGGAUCGAGUGUCACAAGCGAGUGUAUAGAGAAGUUGGGGAUGAAACAUCGAUUGAGGGUAGUUCGACACUUGGAGGAUAGUCUGGAGAGACACACGCUUAGAGCGCUGCAGCAGGACAAGCUGCUUUCCCCUACUGAGUUACAGGAGUUACUGAGCGCAAUUCGCGAAGAAUUACUAUGGGCCAAACGCGCUCCGUGCGAACGAUUGGAAGCACCUUACGAAGCGUAUCGGUUAGAUUACUCGCAGUUCAAGACACUUUUCACUGCCUUAUCGCCUUGGGCCAGAGGAGACAUGGCCGACACCAUCACUGCCAGGAUGUUCAAGCUAAUGGACGAAGACGACGACGGAGUGGUGAGCGCGCGCGGGCUGAGCGUGGCGCUGGGACUGAGCGCGCGCAGCGAGGCGUCGCGGCGCCUGCGCGCGCUGUACUGCGCGCACGCGCCGCCGCUGCUGUCGCCGCUCGACAUCAAGCCCGCGCACUUCACCGACACGGGCGAGGAGCUGGCGGCCGACGCUAUCUCUUUCUUUGAUGACGUGGACAAUCCAUCGACGCCCGAAUCUGGCGAGCCGACGAUGCAACAGUCGAUGAGCGAAGUCAGCGACAGUAUGGACAGGUGUAGUUUAGGUGACGUCAUGAGCCAAUCAGCCAACACAACCUCGGCGCAAUGCAGCAUAGAAUCGAUCCGCCUGUGCGCCCUGUCGGGGCUGGCGUGGUCGCUGCCGUCCACCCCGGGCUCGCCGCCCGCGCCCCCCACCGCGCCGCCUCUGCCCCGCCCCCACUUCCUGCAGCUGCUGGCGGUGCUGCACGACCUCACGCAGCACAACCUCGAGCUAUAUGAAGCUGUUAUGAACGCGGGUACCCUCCUUUUACAACUAGGGGGGCUAAAUCGACCGGAAUUUGAUCGCGAAGUGUCUCAAGACAGCCUCUACCUCGCCGCGGCAGCAAAACAACCUAUUAUCGAUCCCAACGGCAACACAACCGAAGUCGAACAAGACGGACCUCAACCAUCGCCUUCAAAGGAAAUGGAUCCUUGCGGCGACGGCACAUGGUCUAUAACCCUACAGCAGUUCCUGGCGACCAUGCUGGCACAAGACCCUUUAGAGAAAUACUUUAACGAAAUAGUACCUAUUCUACCUCAGUUGGAAGCCCUAAGGCAAAGGGACAGACUGCAAUCGGUCUCAUAGUUGUUAGAAUCUACCGAGCCAAUAGAAUUUUGAAAGCAAUACUUGAAAAGGGCAAUUUAGACGUGAAUGUUAAGUUCUAUAGUUGUUCCUGGUUCAGAAAAGCGAUGUGAAAAAGUGAAAUCGACCAUCUCUUUCUGAUGCCCGAAGUGUUAUUUAUCGGCAAGUACUGUAAAAUGUAUAUUACAAGUAAACUGAUGAAUUAUUUUUAAUGUUUUUACCAAUAUUCUUGAUUUUCUAACAGAAAAGCCAUUUCCAUUAGGCCAAAGAUUUUUUGUUCUCGUUUAUCAAACCUGAUAUAAUUACCCUUUUUAUUUACACAGCUUUUCCUUGUGUAAAAGUGGUUCCUAUAGCGUUUCGAGGGCUGCGGCCGCGCUGUCAUUAUGAUUCUUCAAUUUUCUUGAAGAAGGAAUCGUUUCCAAAUCUGUCAUUAAUAAAUUUGACAACACGUCAGCACAGAUUAAUUAUUUUAAGGUCGCAUAUAAUCUUGUCGUUGUUAAAUUUUUAAAAGUCGUAAUAACAGCGCGCCCGCGGCGCAUGAAAUGCUCUAGGAGUGAUCUAAAACGCAAUUUUUAAUUACGUUACAUAUUAAUGAUAGUAUAAAAAGACAAGACAAUUAUUGCCUUUUUUGGUAGACAAUAUUGCAGGUUAUGAGGUAUGCGAAUAUUUUUUAAGGUUAAAUAUAGCAAAAUAUAAUGGUGUUUAAGAUUUUGCUUGCUGUAUAUAUCAAGCUAAUUAAGAUAGAAAUUACGGUGCCAUGACCGACUAUCAUAAAAGGAUAUGUUAAAAAAACACAGCUGUGUGCGUAGUGCGACUUUGCUAUUUACAUCCCACCAUCGAGUGAGACGCAGCUAACCAAUCAACGACAACCACACCUCAAUGUUAUUGGUUCGCUGCGUGUCACUAUGUCGAAUAGCUCGAUAGUGAGAAGUGAAAUGCAAAUCCGCACUUAGCCCUAUUCUUAUUGUCUAUGAUGGAUCCUGCGUCUUCAUUUCUCACAUCUUUCGCUCUCAUCUGAGAAUUUCUUCCGUUGCUAACUCAACCAUGGUGCAUUAGUCCCACGGUCCACUACAGUUUCUUCUCCAGUAUCCUUAUACCGUCAUGGUAUAUAGUAUUAUAUAUGCAAGGUAUAUGGUAUUAUAUCGUGCAUGGUAAUCAAUCAUUCCAAAUUUGUAGGCAUAAUUGGUAUGUUUGUUAACCUGAAUGAAAUAAAUUCCUAGAUUUUUAAUUUACAUUCCAAAUUAAUUUUGAUGUUUUCAUUAAUAUUUUUCCAACAUGCAAAAUGAAUUUGUAAAAGUAAACAUAUAUUUUUGUAUUUAUUUUACAUGUACAUGUAUUUUAGAAUAUAUGAUAUGAUUACUAAAAUCCGUUACUCAGCAGGAGAAAAACUAAAAAGACUAUGAGAGCUUUCUUUUUUAUUUUAUAUCGUGUGAUGGCACAGACCACUCAUGGCUUAUUAUAGGCAAUCAAAAAUAAACAUCGAGAAGAAUCGGUAUGUAUUCUAUUUUGAAUAAUAUUUUUUCUACUUUCUCAUUUUAACAACUGUUAAUCCAUCAGGCUGAUAAACUUCGAUUAGUAAUAUUUAUCACGUAAUUUUUUAACCAUAUUACUUUAUCGAAUGAAUAGCCAUACUAGAGUUUAUGUAAUAAUAUGUAGCUGUUAAGUAUUCGUGUAUUUUAUAAUUAGCUUCGUACAAAAAUAGCAUUUUUGUGUUUAAUAUGGAAACCUUUAUAUUCCUAUUGAGCAAAUGGUUUUAUCACCGAAAUCAUAUAAAUAGAGAAUGUUAUUUUCCUACGUAAUUAAAGAAAAUUUAUGUUAUAUAUUUCUAGGUAUAACAUAUAUUAGCAUAGAGUGCAUUGUACGCAUCUAUUACUAUUGAAUGGUGCUUUACAAAAGUAUGCUUGAAGUGUAUUUAAAUCAAAUAUUAGGAUAUUUUGUGUAAGUAUAAUAUAAAAUGUGACGGUCCACGAGAAAAGAUAUGGAAUAUUAUGGAAGGCAUUUGCUUACGACAUACCUAUUACGAGUAAGAUCAUCUACGAUACAUAUGAGGAAGUAUCAAAUGACAGAGAUAAUUUUAUGUGAUGUUCCAUGAGAAGGAAGAACCUUAUGAAGGGAAGCCGUUUAACUUGUCUAGCUGCCCGUCGCUCGCGGGUGAAACCAAAAUAAAUUAUACACUUAGCAACUUCCCUCCAUAAGUCACAAAUUAUCUUUUAAUGUAAAGAAUGCCUUUCCAAGCAAAAUGUUGAAAUAUUUUAACCAUAUUUAACAUUUCACUGUUAUGAUAAGCUUAUCGAAAUUUAAUGUUUUGCCAUUAAAAAUAGUAUUUGCUCUCGCAUUUCAUUGGUUUUACGGACUAUUACUAAUACGUUUACGGAAUUGUUAUAUUCAUAGUAUUUUCUUAGGACUUCGGCCUGUAAAUUUCUAGUUAAAAAUGUUACGUUCGUAUAAUGUUUCGUCUGUGAAUUCGUUUUUAUUGUCUGUGACAUAUUUUCGGUUUUUAUCACAAAUUAAAGUUUUCAAAAAAUAUGAUGCGUUUUUAUAACGUCGUAUGUAAAUAUAUGAACCUACACUUCAAACCAAAGAAAUAUAAUCCCAUCUCAAUGACCUGAACCUGUAUAAAUACAUUACAUAUUAUCAUGCCAGCUUUCCGUGGAG